AAUUAUUACAGUCUGUACAUAGCUCAGGAUGUUAAAGGCAACAGCUUCUGCCGGUUGGUUAUUCAUUAGCAAAAAAGGAAAGAACAGUCAGGAUCAGGACUGGUGGAACCACAGGAGCACACUCGAAGCCCUGAGAGGGCUGUGGCACAGGUGAGGCAUGGAGAUUUUACCUGGAGAUAGUAUCUUUCUCUUGCUAACUUUUUUCUUGGGACAAAGGACAAGGUGGCUAUUUUUUGUUCUUGGAUAUUUGUCUAAAUAAAGUUCUUUUAAUUUGCUUUUAUUUUUGACUCGGGAUUCCUGAGCAGAUAGGAAGAAGAGGCAUUUUCCCCCUGAACAACUGCCCAUUUCCCACUUGAUUUUGCUCUGGGGCAACAGCUACAGCUGAAGAAAACAAGGAGGUGAACCUCCCCAGACAGGGCUUGCUGCAACCAGAUCUGCGGGAUUGUUCUGAAACUGGACUUAUCACACUCCCCAAAGUAUGGUGUUUUGGAGCUGAUUUCAAAGUUGUCUGGAGAAGAAAAGAAAGUGGAUCUGAGGAGACUACGGGGAGAGGGAAGGCUCUCUUCCCCUCUCCUAACCAGGGCACCAUGGGCAAUAUCUGUCUGAGGCUCUGGGCAUACUUGGAGCCCUGUCUCCCCUGCUUGUCUCAGGAGGCAGACAAGUCGGUGGUUAUUGAGAAUCCAGGGGCCCACUGUCCCCCUGAAGCUCCCCAGAUCCCGAAACAUGAGCCUGAGAGAAGCCAGGGCCACUACUUUGUGGCUCUGUUUGAUUAUCAAGCUCGGACGGCAGAGGACCUCAGCUUCCGCGCAGGUGACAAACUCCAAGUCCUGGACACUUCCCAUGAGGGCUGGUGGUUGGCCAGACACUUGGAGAAAAGGGCAGAUGGCUUUGGCCAGCAACUGCAGGGCUAUAUUCCUUCCAACUACGUGGCUGAGGACAGAAGCCUACAAGCAGAGCCGUGGUUCUUUGGAGCAAUUAAGAGAGCAGAUGCAGAAAAGCAACUAUUAUAUUCAGAAAAUCAGACGGGUGCUUUUCUCAUCAGAGAAAGUGAAAGCCAGAAAGGAGAUUUCUCCCUUUCAGUUUUAGAUGAAGGAGUUGUGAAACACUACAGAAUCAGGAGACUGGACCAAGGGGGCUUUUUCCUUACCCGGAGAAAAACUUUCUCAACAUUGAAUGAAUUUGUGAGCUACUACACCACUACAAGUGAUGGCCUGUGUGUCAAGCUGGAGAAACCAUGCUUAAAGAUACAAGUCCCAACUCCUUUUGAUUUGUCCUAUAAAACUGUGGACCAGUGGGAGAUAGACCGAAACUCCGUCCAGCUUCUGAAGCGAUUGGGAUCUGGUCAGUUUGGAGAAGUUUGGGAAGGCCUCUGGAACAAUACUACUCCAGUGGCUGUCAAAACAUUGAAACCAGGUUCAAUGGAUCCAAAUGACUUCCUGAGGGAGGCACAAAUAAUGAAGAGUCUAAGACAUCCAAAGCUUAUCCAGCUUUAUGCUGUUUGCACUUUAGAAGAUCCAAUUUAUAUUAUUACAGAGUUGAUGAGACAUGGAAGUCUGCAAGAAUAUCUCCAAAAUGAUGCUGGAUCAAAAAUCCAUCUGCCUCAGCAGGUGGACAUGGCUGCACAGGUUGCUUCUGGAAUGGCCUAUCUGGAGUCCCAGAACUACAUCCACAGAGAUCUGGCUGCCAGAAAUGUCCUUGUUGGUGAACAUAAUAUCUAUAAAGUAGCAGAUUUCGGACUGGCAAGAGUUUUUAAGGUAGAUAAUGAAGACAUCUAUGAAUCUAAACACGAAAUAAAGCUGCCGGUGAAGUGGACUGCGCCUGAAGCCAUUCGUACUAAUAAAUUUAGCAUUAAGUCCGAUGUGUGGUCAUUUGGAAUCCUUCUUUAUGAAAUCAUUACUUAUGGCAAAAUGCCAUAUAGUGGUAUGACAGGUGCUCAAGUAAUCCAACUGUUGGGACAAAACUAUAGACUUCCACAGCCAUCUAACUGUCCACAGCAAUUCUACAACAUCAUGUUGGAGUGCUGGAAUGCAGAGCCUAAGGAACGACCAACAUUUGAGACACUGCAUUGGAAACUUGAGGACUAUUUUGAAACAGAGUCUUCAUAUUCAGAUACAAAUAACUUUGUAAGAUGAACUCUGAAGAAGAAAUAAUUAAAAAUAAGAAGAAAGAAUAACCAGUCCGGAAGUACAAUCUUUAAUCUUCUCAACCAACUGCAAAAUCAGUUUUCUUGACAUAUUCAAGUGAUAGGGUAAAUUUGGCCAUGUAUUAUAAUAAAAAAAAUUAUAUAUGCAUUUUAUUGACUGGGAAAUACUGCCGGACAGUCUAAGAUGAUGUAUCAUUUUCUCACUGCCUGAUAAAAUCAAACACACUAAAUGAAGUUAUUUUUCUUUUUAAAAGACACUUACAUUUCUAUUUAUUGUUUGAAAUGCCGAUCAAGAGAAUCAACAGAUGAUAGUCAAUUUUUACUCAGUGACUGUUGUAGCAUUUUCCUGUUUACUGAUUAGAGCUGUUAUUCAUUAUUCCUUGGAUUGCUGAAUCCCAUCAGGCUGUUAUUAUGAAGGAAUUUGAUUGCUUUGCUGCACAGCAGGACCUGUGCUUUGAGAUUUUUUUCCCUUUUAAAAUAUCCUGUAACUACAAUGAUGGCAAAGCCAUGUUAAAUGACUUGAUUGUACUUGAAGUAAUUGCACAUAUUUUUCCUAUGCAUAAAAAAAUGAAGCAGCUGUUGAGAAAAAGAAUUAAAAUCUUUCUCAUUUGGUGGAAGGAAAUGAUGGAAUUUUUCUAUACCUCAGUAUGUGUCAUCUGAGAAUCAUCUACAUUGGUUUUAAUCUCUUAAUGUUAAGAAUCAGUUUGCAAAGCUGAUGAGUUAUUAUGCACAGAAAUAUGUGAGAAACACCAAAUAGCCCACAAAGUCUGAGAAACAGGUACUAAAGUAGUGUAGGAAAAUAAAAUGAGAGCUGCAGCCUUGCUGUGACCUUCUGAAUAAUUACAAAAGAGCAGUACCUCCAGGCCAGUUUUUAAUUGACCACAAAACAGGUCAAACUCUAUUUAAAUCUAGAGUCUAGGAAUAACAACUGAACUUAGUUGUGCAAUUGUAAUUUUUUUUUUUUUUUGGCAGGACAAGGUUUUAACUAUCUUCAAUAUGCAUUGACAUUAGUAACAAUGUUACUGUUUUCUUAAGCAAUGGCUGUCAAAUUCUCCCUUCAAUUGAUAAGGAGUAAGACUUCUUUGAGGUGGUUUCAAAGACAAAUAUAUAUUCAAAGAUCUUCUGAUGCACAAAAGAAUGAACCAAAUGAGCCAGGAGAAAUCAGAAUGUUUUGAGAAUAUUUUCUGAUCUUUCUUUAAAAGAGAAGAAUAUAUCUAAACAGUUACAACAUCCCUCAUUCAAUGUGAAAUAAGCAAUCAGUAAACUUGUGAACUCUUUUUUAACUGGGAGCAAGAGGUAGAGGCUUCAGGGUAUCAUACCAUUAACAGCUCAAUGACGUCAACCAAAAGCCUAGGCCUUUCCAACCUCCCCUCUGCCAUCAGCACCGUCUACAUUCUCAUGGUCACAGAUGGUUGUCAUUGGCAACUAGGACUCCUUUUUCUAUGCCUCAUCUAAGAAGAGAAAAUGGGAAACUUCUCUCCCAAAUUUGCAUAAAAAUCAUUCUUAUUUUUCUGCUCAAAUCAACUUGAAUCACAAGCCCAGAUCUCAACCAAUAAAAUGCCUAAUGUGAAUGCUCUGUGUUGAUUGGUUUUGGAGAAGGUCUCUCAUUGAAACUGGGAAUGGGGUUACCUUCCCUGGAGACAAGUUGGGAUGUUGGUUUAUCUGAAAAAAAUUAGAGAUUAGAGGCUGGAUAGCCAUCCAUUGAGAAAAUCCCACGAGAGGGAUUAACUAUUAGAAUUAAUGUAGGCUUGUGUCUACCUGUCCAGUUCCUCUUCCUCCUCACUCUCUUUACAUCUAUGUGUUAGGCAGGUGGAUAUGUGCAUAUACAUCACAAUUGUUCGAAGACCUUAGGUCACGUGGAAUUAAAGUUUAUAGAACCACACAUAGAAGUGAAAAUAUUUGUAAAAUAAGGUCAACAAUAUUUUUAGUCUGUUGGCUGAGUAUAGGAUAGCUUUAUUUAAAGUCAUCUAGUCUAAUAAAAUCAAGAAGCAGAUAAUAAAUAACCAGUAGUAAAAAUUAAAAAACUUCCUUUUCCUAUGUUCAUUUCUUUGGGUUCAAUUCUGCUUGGGCAUAUAUAGGAAAUAUUCCCAUUUCAUUGUGCAAAUAUGACUACUAUAUUAUCUGUCUUUUUGUAGUAGCUGAUAAUAAUAAAUUUUAAGUAAGUUUUGGUUUUGAAAUAUAAAAUGGAGGUUAUCCUUUCCUGUUUUAAUACCACCUGAAACUCAUUUAACUUACUAUGUUUGAUUCUUUGGGACAUUUAUGUUCAAGGUUCUGUCAAAGCAAUCUAUUAUUCUUGUUUUUACCCUGAUGGAUCAUGGAGAAAAAUAAUGGAUUCAGUUAUGAGAAGCAGUAAUAGAUUUUUUUAACUGACAUAAAUUUCUCUCCCUGUAUAGAAUAAAAGGAUCAGGAAAAGAUAAGUUGAAUUUUCCUACAAUGAGCCAGCUCUUGUUAAAUUUACUUCCCAUAAAUUGUAGAAAAGCACUUUUCAUGUAAUGUUUUAUUUAUGUAAUUCAGUUAUUUGGAGGUGGUGGUAAGGGAUGGGAGUACAUCAUUUUAUGUGAUAUUUCAAAUCUCUUCUGACAAAAACCUUAAGAAUUUUUGUAAUAGGAAAAAUUCAAAAUUCCAUUUAGCCUCCUUUUAAGAAGGCAAGGAAAGAAAUAGGUUUAAAUUACCUCAGGUCAAGAGAGGCACAGAGUGAGCUCCUUGUAGUUGUGGAAAGCUGAAUAUUUUGUCAUCAAAAACAAAGGUAAAGUCAAAGUGAGCAGCAAUUGCAAGCUGGGCUAGGGGAAUGGGUCACCGUAGGGGGCACUGAAGAGCAAGCCAGUGAGGAAAUGCCAAGCUGGGCCCACUCACUGAGUCUACUCACAACAUGUGUCUGCAUGAUGACCACAUGGAUCCAGUGAACCAUAAGGAACCCAAACUCCUGUGACUCUCUGGUGGCCUAAAGGGAAUCAUGGUCUUGGAAAGAUGCUGCCCUGUAACCAGCUGGAAUUUCCUGGAGGAAGCAGGGCCCAGCUGGUCCUGCAUGGUGUGUCAAGCAUAUGCCAUUCCUAUAAUCAUGUUUUUUCAUGGAAUUGUUAAGUAUUUGCUAAUCUGGGCCAAUCUUGCUGGUAGUGUAUCUGUGGUGACUUCUUGGGAUCUUUUGCAAGGACAUGCUAUGUGAGUUAGCAUGGUGCUGAUUUGAGUACCUUUUUCAAAUUGCAUCAUGUUCUUACACUGAGAAAGGCCACUCUUAAAAAAAAAGUGAAUGACGUCUGUACCUGGGAGUUGGGAAUUAUGAAUGGGCUUGUCUAGAAAUGUUUAGUUCUUUUAUUUCCUGUCAUCGUUAAGAAGAAGUUUGGUUUGUAAUCAUCGACAUCAAGCAAAAAGUUGGUGUUGUAGAACUGAAAAAGAAAACAAACAAAACAAGCUGGGAAAUUUAGUGGAGAAUAAAAUCUUUUAAACCGGGAAUCCCAGCAAUAUUUUAAUUUUUGUAGGGCCAUCCUUUCACUGCCUACCUUGCCCCAUAAACUCAGAUUUCUCUCUCUUUUUUAUAUUAAGGAAAUAGUGUUGGUAGAUCUCUCCAAUUAUGGACUACAUUUAGAAAUAAACUAGAGAGUAAAAAUAGUAUGCAAACCUGAAUUUUAGACGCUUUAACAAAUUUAGUUUCAUUUAGAUUGAGAUGACACUAGGUACAUGGGGUCAAUAAGGCUAGGUUAUAAGGAAAGAGAUGCCCAAUUAUUUCCAUUCACUCCUUUUGUCUGUGUAGUUGAUUUAUCCAUUAGCCAUCUAAAGCAAAAGGCUUCAAUGUAAAAUCUUUUUCAUUCUCAUGGAAAAGAAUCAAUUCUUCCAGAAAUGGGUGACCAAUUUAGGCAUACCAUAACUGUCCAGUUAUGGACAGACAUACCAUAACUGUCCAGUUAUAUCCAGUUAGGAUUAUUACCCUGCAGGGUAUACAAAUCAUAUUGUGUAAUAGCCAUGAAAUCAUAGGUUAGGUAAAAAUGGUUAAAACAACUAAAACUGCUUUGUUUAGAAAAAGUGAAGUAUUGUAAUAAUUUCCUGAGAUUUUAAAAUCCAGGCUUUGGUUAUACUAUUUGGUUAGUAUUAACCAAAUUAUAUUUAAAUUUUAUGGUCCACACAAUUUCAGGGUAAAAAGAUACCAUAGGUUUUAAUCAGUUUACAGAAUCCAUACUUAUUUACAGAUUCAGAAAAUGAGAAAUGAAACUGAAUAGCCAGAUUAGUAUACUUUAAAGAUAGCACAGUGAGAUUUGUGUCUCUGAAAGACACUUGUAUUUCUUUAUGGUACCCCUUAAUACUGAUAUUGUGUAAUAAUAUGUGAAUAUAUAUUACACAUGAUCAUUUUUUGUGUAUGAAAAGGGAUUGAAAAAGGCUUCGUAAUUGUGCCAUUAUUAUAAUGCUAUUAUCUGGACUCGGUGUGAUUAUUUAAUUUUUUUAAAAAAAUUCUAUUUCUGGAUUCUUUAAAACUUUAAGAAAAAGACUUCUUGAAAAUGUAUUUGACAAACUUUAUUUGCACUUGAUUUUUUUAUUGUGUAGUUGUAUCAAACUAAUUUUUUAAUCUUGACUUUUAGAAGUUGAUUUGACUGUUUCAGAAGUCAAAUUGGUGGUAGAUUCACAACAAAAAUGUACUACAUUUCCCUGCAAGUAAA